AUGGUGGCAGCAAACUGCACCGUGGUCACUGAGUUCAUCCUCCUGGGCCUCUCUGAUAUCCCUGAGUUGAGACUCUUCCUCUCUCUCCUGUUCCUUCUCAUCUAUUUGGUCACCAUAUUGGCCAACCUGGGCAUGACGGCACUGAUCCAGGUCAGUCCCCGACCCCACACCCCCAUGUACUUCUUCCUCAGCCACCUGUCCUUCGUAGAUUUCUGCUACUCCUCAGUCAUCGUGCCAAAGAUGCUCUCCAGUGUCUUAAGCAACGACCAUAGCAUUUCUUCUCUGGGAUGCAUGGUGCAGUUUUAUUUAUUUUGUGCAUAUGCAAUCUCUGAUGUCUUCUUACUGGCCGUGAUGGCCUAUGACCACUUUGUGGCCAUCUGUCACCCUCUGCUGUACACAGUCAUCAUGUCCCAGAAGCCCUGUGUGGUGCUGGUUACUUGCUGCUACCUCUAUGCUUCUGUGUGUGCUCUGAUUCACCUGUGCUUAGCCUUUGGGAUCCCAUUCUAUAAAUCCAAUGUGAUCAACCACUUCUUCUGUGACCUGCCCCCUCUCCUAACUCUUGCUUGCUCCGAUGUGACUGUGAAUGAGCUUCUGCUGUUCACUGUGGUAAAUUUCAAUGAGGUUUUUACCAUAGUGAUCAUCCUCACCUCCUACUCCUUCAUUCUCAUCUCCAUCCUGAGGAUGCACUCGGCUGAGGGAAGGCGCAAAGCAUUUUCCACCUGUGCCUCCCACCUCACGGCCAUCACUGUCUUCCAUGGAACAAUCCUCUCCAUCUACUGUCAGCCCACUUCCGAUGAAAAUCUGGAUGUUGACAAGGUGACCACCGUCUUCUACACUGUUGUGAUUCCCAUGCUGAAUCCUCUGAUCUACAGCCUGAGGAACAAGGACGUGAAAGAAGCUCUCCAAAAAGUUCUUAGCAACAAACUCUCUCUCUCUUCUUUUUAUUUUAUUUUAUUCAG